ACAGUCAGUCAGUCAGUGUCAGUACCGUCGUACCGUCAGUACGAAUGGUGUAAUCGAACAUGGGGUUGUUGACGGAUCCUAGGGCAGGAUCUGGAAAGAUAAUCAAAUUCCUACUAAAAUGGGAACGACCGCUCUGCGGACUUUUGUACAUCAGCGGCAUUGUUUGGAUAUUACUCCUCGCUUUACCUACGUUUAACGACAACACUUAUUUCUCUGAGAAUGCUUUAUUACCAGGUUUGGUGACGAAAGAGAGUAAUCUCGAACAAACGGCGAAACAGUAUUAUGCAUAUUUAGUUAAUGAAAUGAAACGGCACCCUGAUGGAAUGCCGUAUGCAUGGCUAGCUGCCAAACUGAAUCAGCUUCACUUGGACGUUUUCACACAUAAUUUCACAUUGGUAUAUCCCUUCCAAGAGCUGCAGUUUACAGGGCAAAAUAUCUAUGGAAUUAUUAGAGCCCCGAGAGCAGCUAGCACUGAAGCGAUCGUAGUUAGCGUACCUUUCAGGCCAAUUCAUAGCAUUUAUUUGGAUACUGCACCUUCUGUUGCUCUUCUUCUAGCAUUUGCUAAAUUCUGUAGAAAGCAAAAAUAUUGGGCAAAGGAUAUCAUAUUUCUAAUAACAGAGCAUGAACAAUUAGGAAUACAGGCAUGGUUGGACGCUUAUCAUGGAGUCACAAGCGGUAACGAGGGUGUACUUGUAUCAGGAGAUCUUCCUGGUCGCGCUGGUUCCAUUCAAGCUGCUAUAAAUUUGGAAAUACAUUCGACGAGAGUUUCGUACAUCGAUGUUAAGAUAGAAGGAUUGAACGGGCGGCUACCCAAUUUGGAUCUCUUUAAUUUAGCGCAGAACAUGAUAGCCAAGGAAGGAAUUCGACAAUCGUUUCAAAGACGGUUCGAUAUUAAAUAUAAAAAUAAAUUUAAGAAUUGGUCAUACCACUUUAAUACGCUUCUCAUGAUGAUCAUGACUCAAGCUACCGGAGUUCCAACUGGGAACCACGGACUUUUCCACAGAUUUGGUAUAGAAGCAAUUACUCUGGAAGGUUUUGAAAAGGCUGGACAUCAGAGUGGUGAUGAGAAUCUUUAUCAAGUCGGGUGCAUCAUAGAGAGCAUAGUGCGAUCGCUAAAUAAUUUAUUAGAACGUUUUCAUCAAUCUUAUUUCUUUUAUUUGCUUCCAUCGACUGAUACUUACAUUUCCAUUGGACUUUACAUAAGAUCUCUGGUAUUGAUUAUCGCUGCGAUGUUCGUGAAAGCAUUUUCCAUGUGGCAAAAGCUACAACCAAACAAAACUACUGAUGACAAGAAGGAUAAUGAAUCGAAUUCCAUGGACGACAAGAAAAACGGUGAAUCGAAUUCUGAUAAAAAAAGCGUUAAAUUGAAUUCUACGAAAGACGAGAAGAGUACGGGACUGAGUUCCACGGGAAAUAAGAAAAUUAGAUUUAAUUCUGCAGAGGAUGAAAAGACCGUGGAUGUCAAGCAAAAGGAUGAUGGAUUCGAUAUUGGAGUCAUUGCUUCAGAGAUCUUGUGGGCACACAUUUGUGGAGCUGUAAUUACAACGUCACCGUCCGCGCUUACCUAUCUUGGUAAGAAAAUGGAUUUGCGUACGGAGGAUUCAAUGUUCUUUGGUUUCCUGGCAAUAUCAGUUUUAACGUUGAUAUAUCCAUUUUAUUCCCGAAGCCAAAUGAGGUAUAAGAACGCGAUUUUAGUCUGUGUAAUCGGAUUAAUAGAAUUUGGUACAGUACUAAUGUGUAUAGCGAUGCAUAACUUUUCUUUGGCACUUCUCACUGCUGUGCUCUACGUACCCGUUAUUCUACCGAUAGCACCGAAACAGAAUUCUACCAUAUUUCAUAAAACGCUAUCGUUAACGUGGAUACUACUACACCCGUUUGUGAUCGCGAAUUUAGUCGUAAUGAGUUACACAUAUAUGAACUUUUCUUCAGACUCGAUUUUAUCAAUUUUAUAUCGCGGUCAUCGCGCUACGAAGCAAGCGUUCGUCUACAGUAUCAUGGAUUCAAUGAUUUACGGAAAUUGGUUGUACAAUGUAACCGUUUCUACGAUGCUUCCUAUAUGGCUCCUAUUUUGGAAAAUUUUAUGUUCCAAUAGCGUUGUACAUUCCGAACAGUUGUGUAAAUAAAUUUUUUUUAUACUUAAGUCCACGUAUUUACGUCACGUAAAACUGUAUGUCGAAAGUAUCGUUUCUUUUAUUCUAUGAUUAAACAUUUUGAUUUCUCUUGAA